GGGGCUGGCCCUCAGCCUUCCAGCCCCCUUUUUCUCCACAUGCCACGGAAGACAGGGGCCAACAUGGAUCUUCCUGUGGACAUCAGCUGAGCCCAGAAGCCUCACCCCUCGGGAGACCAUGGAAAGGGACGGCAGCCGGAAUGCUUCCCCAGCCAGGACAUCUCCAGCAAGGACGUCUCCAGCCGGGGCGUCCCCAGCCCGGGCAUCUCCAGCCCGGGCCUCCCCUUCCAGGUCAUCGUCUGCCAGGUCAGCCUCCACGACAUCCUCUCCAACGAGAGUGUACCUUGUUAGAGCAACACCAGUGGGGGCCGUGCCCAUCCGGGCAUCUCCUGCCAGGUCAGCGCCAGCCACCAGAGCCACGGAGGAGAGCACAGGUAUCGGCUUGCCCAAGUUCACCUGGCAGGAGGGCCAGAAGCGGCUGCCGCUCAUUGGAUGUGUCCUCCUCCUCAUCGCCCUCGUGGUGUCACUCAUCAUUCUCCAUGGGGGAAGAGAGCCCCAGAGUCCGAGAGGGAUUGCAGUCUACUUCUGGCGAGGCCACACGGGGAUCAAGUACAAGGAGCCGGUGGAGAGCUGCCCCACCCAUGCUGUGCGCUGUGAUGGGGUCGUGGACUGUAAGCUGAGGAGUGAUGAGCUGGGCUGUGUGAGGUUUGACUGGGACAAGUCUCUGCUUCAAGUCUACUCUGGGUCCUCCCACCAGUGGCUUCCCAUUUGCAGUGACAGCUGGAAUGAUUCCUACUCGGAGAAGACCUGCCAGCAGCUGGGUUUCGUGAGUGCUUACCGGACAACCGAGGUGGCCCAUAGGGAUCUUGCCCACAGCUUCUCCAUCUCCAAAUACAACUCUACCCUCCAGGAAAGCCUCUACAGGUCUGAAUGCCCUUCCCAGCGGUAUGUCUCUCUCCAGUGUUCCCACUGUGGGCUGAGGGCCCUGACCGGGCGGAUCGUGGGAGGGGCGCUGGCCCCAGAGAGCAAGUGGCCUUGGCAAGUCAGUCUGCACUAUGGCACCACGCACAUUUGCGGGGGCACGCUGAUCGACGCCCAGUGGGUGCUCACCGCUGCCCACUGCUUCUUUGUGACCCGGGAGAAGAUCCUGGAGGGCUGGAAGGUCUACGCGGGCACCAGCAACCUCCUCCAGCUGCCUGAGGCAGCCUCCAUCUCCCAGAUCAUCAUCAACGGGAACUACACGGAUGAGGAGGACGACUAUGACAUCGCCCUCAUGCGGCUCUCCAAGCCCCUGACCCUAUCUGCUCACAUCCACCCUGCCUGCCUCCCUAUGCAUGGACAGACCUUCAAUCUCAAUGAAACCUGCUGGAUCACAGGUUUUGGCAAGACCAAGGAGACUGAUGAGAAGACCUCUCCCUUCCUCCGGGAGGUGCAGGUCAACCUCAUCGACUUUAAGAAAUGCAAUGACUUCUUGGUCUAUGACAGUUACCUUACCCCAAGGAUGAUGUGUGCUGGGGACCUGCGGGGAGGCAGAGACUCCUGCCAGGGAGACAGCGGGGGACCCCUGGUCUGCGAGCAGAACAACCGCUGGUACCUGGCAGGAGUCACUAGCUGGGGCACGGGCUGUGGCCAGAGAAACAAACCCGGUGUGUACACCAAAGUGACAGAAGUCCUCCCCUGGAUUUACAGCAAGAUGGAGAGGGAGGUGCACUUCCGGAAAUCCUAAGCAGCUAUCCUGUCCCAACUCACAGCACUGGCUGCUGCAAAGACUCUGACCGGAGUGACUGGGCCACCUGCAGUGUCAUCUGGUCUAAAGGCCACCAGGCACCUUUGUUACUCCCACCUCCACCAUCUGCUGCCUCUGUGAAUGUGCACACGUGUGUGUGUGUGUGUGUGUGUGUUCGUGUGCAUGCAUGCACACAUGUAUGUGUUUGUUGCUUUCCCAAGGUCUUCAGAAACCAGGAGAGCCGUCAGUUCUUCCCAAAUCCCAGACUGGAAAGCACCUGGCAUUAACAGUUUGGGCACUGUGGAGGUUCCUGCAGGGGCAUCCAUAAUAGAAGGAGGAGAAGCCCAAACAGGGCCCAGAGAAGGGCCUGGAAGUUCCCAUCAAGAAUUCUUGCUCUUCUGACCCUGACUCAGAGACUAGCCCAGAUGGAGUAGCCACCAGCAGCCCAGGUGACAGCCAAGUAUUGGAGUACCUGGGCUGUCCCUAGCAGGAAGAUGCUCCCGUUGGCAUUACCAGUCUCCUGCCCUUUCUUAAACCUCCUGCUGAUGCACAGGUGGGCUGCACUGUGGCUUUCCAGGCUCACAACUGUUCUUGUCUGGUCACAGGCAGUUGGAGCAAAUUUUUAUUUUAUUUUUAUAUUCAAGAAAUGGAAGUAGAUGCAUUUUUAAAGAUACUCCAGAAAUUCCAGGAGCCUGAUGAGCCAGCAUCCAUCACCCCCAAAACUCCAAGGGACUCAUGGGAGUUGCGACAUUCCAGAGCUCUGCUAAUAUUCCUGACGUCAGAGGACCAGAGGAAGGAGCCCCUUUGGGGAACUCAGGGAAGAGAGUCUAUAUGUGGGCUGGCGAGCAGAUCCAUCACAGAGAACCACACUGUUGCUGCAUCCAAAGGCCACAACCAGGACAUGAAGAAAUGGCUGCUGCUUCUCUGUGGGCCUCAGAGCCUGAGAGAGUCGAGGUGGGCAGGCCCCCACCUUGUACCCAGCGCUGUCCCAGGCCUUGCAGUUUCUUUCCAGCCUCUCUGCCUUUCAAUGUUUCAGUUGUUUCAGAAACCUGGAACUGCCAUGAACACUGCCAUGGAGAGAAAGCUGACACUGUCCCCAGGCCCUCGGAGCAGCCAUGUUGAGGAUCCGGGUUGCCCUGUUCCUAUAAACCAUCAGCAUGCCUGGCAUCCAUGCAGCUAGAGGCCCGGGCCUUCCCCAGCCUUUCCUCUGGGGCACCUGUUCCUUGCUCCGUCCAUUCUUUCUCUUUCCUUGGGCCUACAUCAUGGUGCUAUGACUCUCAGGGGCAAGGUCCAAGCAGGUCAGCCCAGCUCAGGCAGGCAGCUGCCCCGGGGGCUAGACCACCCUGGAAGAGCAGGCUGGAGUUUGUUAGCAAAGCUGGGUAGAGUCCGAGGGGGCUGGCUGCAUGUUAUCA